UCGGUCAGGAUGGAUUUGAAUGUCACUGAGGUGGAUCACUCAUCUGUGGCGCAAACUGCAGCAGUUACCGUCAUCUUAAGCUUGGCUUGCCUCCUUGGAAUCCCAGGAAAUAUACUGGUCAUCUGGAUUAUAACUUUCAACAUGCAGAAGCAGAAAUCACCCACUGUUGUGUUGAUUUUGAACUUGGCAAUAGCUGAUGUCCUGGUUCUGAUCAGCUUGCCUCUGUGGAUCUACAGUUUUGUGCAUGGCUGGCCGUUCGGACAAGUGUUUUGCAAACUCCUGACCUUCAUCAUCCACUGCAACAUGUACGUAAGCGUCUUUCUCAUCACGGUGAUGAGUGCUGAGCGUUUCGUGGCUGUCACUUACCCAUUUACCUCGCAGCAAUGGCGCAAGGUCACCGUGGUGCGUGUAGUGGUGUUAUGUGUCUGGAUCUUGGCCCUUCUCUUUGCAAUUCCAGUUUUAAUGUACCAGGAGCUAGGCAAUGAUGAAAAUGGUCAGCCUCAAUGCAUGUACGGGACUUUUAGCUCUGAGAUGCAGGAAAUUUUAUGCACUAUGAUGCAAUUCAUCGUUGCAUUUGUAAUCCCCUUUUCGAUGAUGUCUGUUUUCUACAUGUGUAUUGGUAAGAAAUUAAAAGGCAUGGUUUUUAAACGUCAUAACAGAACUGGGAUGGUAAUCGGUAUGGUGGUGGUCGUAUUCUUCAUAUGCUGGAUGCCUUACCAUGCUGUAAACCUGGUUUCAGUCAUAGCACUGAUGAGCAAGACUAAUGAAGCCAUUUCUGAUAUGUUAUAUAAUAUCUAUGAUUAUGGCAUACUGGUUGCUGGAGCUUUAGUUUUUCUCAACAGCUGUGCCAAUCCUGUUAUUUACGCAUUUGCUGCACGGAAUAUCAGAAAUAGUUUUCAAGUGUCAGCCUUUGGCAAGCUUUUUGAUCAGAUGACUUAUUCAGAAUCCUGGAAGAAAAGCAAGGAUGCAUCCACCGAACAAAAGAGCUUUACUUUGGAAGAGCUUAAUUCUCUCCAGAACAUUUAAACUGGGUGUCAACAAAAUGCAGACUAGAGACUGUUUCUUUUUCUUCAAUAUUCUCAGCAUUUACUCGUUUAUCCUUCCCUAGCAUGCUUCUACCCACCAUAUAACAAACUGACUGAGCUUCUGAAGAGAUAUGGGCAUCUGUAAGGGUGUAAGACAGCGAGGAGCAAAUGUGGAACAAAACUAUUCAUUUUGCUGGUGUGGUUGUGUCUUGCCUUGUAUUCAUUCCACAGAGGUUUUUCUUGUGUGCCAUUUGACAGUUCUGCAAAUUAAACCUAGUCUUCUCUAUUUUGACAACUGAGGAGUCGAUUUUAUUUUUGUGUAGCUUAUCCCACUUUUAGUGCUCAUAAUGGUGGUUGUGUUCAACUCUGCUGAUGGAGAAGUAUAUUGAUAUAAAAUUAAAAGCUCCUCUGAAAACAGCAUCAAUGAAUCCCAAACCUUAUGGGACCCUGGCCUCGAUUACCAUUCACUUGAAGAAAUUGCAAAUCUCGCAGAAAAUAAGAGCUGGUAAACGCAAGAUUUUGCAAGAGUCUGGAAGAUAUUGAAAUGUGUAAAUGUGAAACUAAACUUGGCUCCUGGAACCAUGAGGCGGAACUUACCAAUGGAUCGAAAGGAGGAAGUGUGCAGUCACUGCAAAGGGACACAUUGCCAUUUGCUCAUCCUAUCCUUCGGGGAACAUGUUGUAGAUGAAGCAAAUCUAGUUGGAUUUUGUCAAUGGGUACUAAGAUUGAAAAGGAUCAUGAAAUAAAGGUUGGAUAAGGAUAAUUACUUCCAAAAAGAACAGGAAAUAGGGUAAAGUUGGGACUUUUCAGUAUUAUGAAAGUUUGUUUGAAGGCAUUAUUGUUGUUGAACAAAAAGCCGAUUCGAAGGGAGCCCCAGCAAAUUUUUGGCAUGUGCUGAAGUCACUGACCAGGUGAAAUCAAAGGGUAGCACAAAUGGGAUUUUGUUUGCAUCAGAUGUCCAAAGGUCUGAAACAACCCGUGAUGUUGUUAAUGUUGCAUUCUUUUCUAGUAUGUACAGUAUAAUGUCCUUCUCUCUUUUCCUUUUAAAUGAGGUGAACAUUAAGGUGAGAAAUGAAGUGAAAAUAUGUGUUCGACGUUGGUUGUAAAAGGGAACUGCUGAUUUCAGGCUGCAACUUCUUUAAGUAAUUGCCGUGAGAUUGCUCUCUAUAUUAUAACAAUUACAUGCCAAGGCAAAAGCUGUCGGAAUAAAUUUUUAUGUCAUGUUCAAGUUGUCUGUUCAGUUCCUCACUCACAAGGUUUCACUGAAAACCAAAAUAGUAAACCGAGAUCGGGCUCACCUGAGCUCCCUGUUUGCAGGAUGGAAAGAUGAGGAACAGGUUGAAGUUGUUGUGUAUUUACUAUUAGAGUAAUAUUGUAAAUAUAUUGUUUGCGUAGGCAUUCUUUAUAUAAUUCAUCAUGGGUUGUAUGUACAAAUGCAUGAAUUGAUUAUGUCAUGAUGCUACUAUAUGAUACA